UCUGAAGAAGUUCCGAUGCCCACGAAACAUGUAAACUCUUGGGGAACAGGGACCCCCCCCAUGUACACUUCAGCCUCAAGGUUUUGUUUUCCUAGCUCGGUAAUUUACACCUGGAGCCGCUACAUCACUAUCUAUAGGAUAUCCUAUGGAGACUUGAACAGCACACUAUGAGGACAAUUACAAUGCUUGGUUUUCAGCCAUUGCUUCUGGAGACCGAAUAAUCUUUAAUUUUUCUGGACAUUGUAACCAACUAUUCACUAUCAGAAGAUACGGCACUACUAUUGUCCUAUACUUGGAUAUUAUCAUACUGAUUCACCGGAUAUUGCCGCUUUUGAGGAGCAGCGCUUCAGCUUCUGUCUAAGUGCUCACAUGGAUGGCUCGGCUGCAAUCCCUUUUGAGCAGUGCGUGAUUGGAUGGAAUAGCUACUACUUUGAGCUACGAAUGACAGCAGAAUCAGACACACACAACCGGAAGAACCAAAGAAGAAGACUGGGGCCAGUUUAUGAACAUCUGUGAUGGGAUUAACGUUACGGUUGAUGGGCCAAAAGAUGCAGUUAAAGCUUUCAAGAAAAGAAUUGCCAAGAACUACAACCAGAAGGAAGUAAAGCUAUGUCUUUCUCUGCUGGAGAUGUGUAUGCAGAACUGUAACCCGAAUUUCCAGAAUUUGGUGCUUCGAAAAGACUUCCUUAAGGAUGUGUUGGUCAAACUGUUGAAUCCAAAGUACAACUUGCCCAUCCAAAUGCAAAACAGAAUUCUCCGCUUCAUCAUGACAUGGUCCACUGGCUCACGCGCAAACGUAGAUCAGACUGAAGUCAAAGAAUUAUACUUAGAAUUGAUUAAGAAAGGGAUUCAGUUUCCUUCUUCCCUUGAGCCUACUGAAGAUGAAAUUAGACAGUCACAAAAGACUAAUACAAGUCGGGCAUCUGAUACCCCCACCAGCAAAACUUGUCCAGAUGUAUCAACACAACAACUAACACCAGAGCAGAUUGGAAAGCUCUACAGUGAGCUGGACGUGGUGAGGAUGAAUAUGAAGGUCAUGUCCGCCAUAUUGUUGGAGAACAGCCCAGGAACUGAAGUACAAGAAGACAUGGAGCUCUUACAGGAGCUGCAGAAAGCGUGCCAAGAAAUGCAAGCCCGGAUCCUAAAGCUUGUGGAAACCGUACAAAACGAUGAUGUCAUCAUUGAGCUGGUGCAAGUCAACGACGACCUGAACAAUCUAUUCCUGAGAUACAACAGAUUUUCUCGCACUAGAACCAGCCAGUCAAGAAAUGACAUAAAACAGGACGGUACGGCGACGUUCGACAGCAAUCAGCCGUCAGCUCCUUCAAGUGAGUUGGUUGAACUGAACCUUGACCCCUUGCCCAGUGCCCACAACUCUAUGAAUGGAUAUCCACCACCUACUGCCACUGCCAGUGCUCCUGUGCCAGCCAUCGCUCCACAACCUGUUCACAAUUUAGAUUCGCGGAGCGCGCAGCAACCUCAGCAGCAGAACCAGAAUAUUUUCCUCUAUCCACAGGGGGACCUGUUGGAGCUGAGGGAGGCUGUAAAUACUCCGUUUUCAUUUGGCGCACAGAAUCAGUUGCCAGCGCUUCCUCCCAGGCCUCUAUAUGACAAUUUUCUGCCACCUACAGUUCCUUUCCCAGCAGCCCAAAAUACAACUCCAUUUCUCCCCCCAUACCCGCCUCCAACAUAUUUCCUUCCACCGGCACAGUUCUCAACACCUUUCCUGCCGACAGUUCCCAUGCAAACCCCCAUCCUACCGACACAACAGCACCCCCUGAUCCCGUCUGUCCCAACGCUGAGCCCCACCGUUCUUCCUCUACCGAAGGAGUCCUCAAACAAGACGACAUCCACACCAGAUGAUUCCAAUAACAAUCUGCCAAAUUACUAUGAGCUCCUGGAGUUUGAUCCUCUUGCUGAGAGCAACGCCAACGGCACUGAGGUCGUAUAUGAAGAAAUCGACACGACAUUAUGGAAGGCUAAACACGCCUCUAGCUGCUAGAAAUUCUACUAACAAUAUUGGGGGACCCAAUCUUCGUUUUCUGGGAGAGAUCUCUGAAGGAGCCCCUGAAUAUAGAUGUCUGAUCAGCAUUCCCAGUCUGAUAGUUUGAUGCACAGACUUGCAUUAGACAGCCAGUUGUGUCUUUCUAUAGGGUAAUCUCAGCCUUAUCUCAGGAGGCAUCAGUCAACACGGAUAAUUUAUAACCAGUUACGCUCUUACACCUGUUUACCCCGCAUAUGGCGCCAGAGCAGUCCUACAUUUCGGUUAUGGGGUGACCGAUUCAGCAUUAUUUAUGAGAGGAGGCGACACCUUUCUAUUUGUGGAAUUGUCUUCCAGUACAGUGGAACCUCGGUUUAAGAGAAACUUGGUUUGAGAGCGUUUUGAUUUGCAAGCAACUUUUAAAAAAAAAU